AUGAAGUCCGUCAUUGCUACCAUUAUUCUGGCCGCCAGCUCGGCAUUCGCCGUCCCUACAGCAGUCAAGCGUUCCUCCAGUUUCCAGGUCACCGACUUCUGGGCCAUCGCAGCUUACCCAGGAAGUAGCGCUUCUAUGCACUUUGCCCUCACUGAUCCUAACUACCCCAAUGACACCCCCACGGACUGCAACUUGAUCUGGACUUAUGGCCAGUCGCCGAAACAGAGCGCCCGAUGCAACAAUGGGGAGUACUAUAUUAAGUUCCCGCAAGGUGCUCCCGACUACAAUCUGUUCACUCUGGAGCUUGAGCGAGUGAAUGGAACUACUACAGAGGACCGCCAGAUCCUGCUUAGUUCGAACGCCAAUGGGGGUGCCCCUGGAACUAAGUGGAUCUGUGUGAAUAACCCUUCGGAGAACAUUAGGAUUCGCUGCGAUUACGACGGCACUCUGGAGUUCUGA